UUUAAGAUACUUACGCAUUAUCCACAUGAAAUAAUUAUUAAUUAAUAAUUAUUAUUAUAUAUAGGUAUAAUUUAUACCUGAUACACUAGCCAAUAUCCAAUACUCACUUCAAACAUGAUUCUAUCACGUGUGAAACCAGCGGUAGRACAGCAAUUAGAGAAAACUAAACCGACAAAUCAYAAGAUAACCGCUAAGGAUUUCAUCGAGAAAAGAGACUACACUGGUGCUAUAACUAUUCUAAAAUUUGAAAUAGAAAAAUCAAAAGAAGAUGUGGAGUUAGAACUAUGGUUAGCGUAUUGUUAUUUUCAUUUAGGUGAUUAUAACAACGCGAUGUUAAUUUACAAAAAUCAUAGCAAAAAUCCAGGAAUAAAACAUUUGUUCGUCAAUUUGGCAUGUUGUUAUUUUUAUUUAGGCAUGUACCCRGAGGCUGAAGAUGUAUUAGACAAAUCUGACAUCUCUGAUGUAAAAAUUCGAUUGCAAUUUCAUUUGUCACAUAAACAAGGCAAUGAAAAAAAACUCAUGGAGUAUCAUGAACUUUUAGCAGAUGUGGUUGAAGAUCAACUAUCAUUAGCAGCUAUACAUUAUCUUAGAUCACAUUAUCAAGAAGCUAUUGAUAUAUAUAAAAAGUUAAUGAUCAACAAUCGACAUUUUUUGGCGCUGAAUGUUUAUAUGGCUCUUUGUUACUAUAAAUUAGACUUUUAUGAUGUUUCUCAAGAAAUUUUAGAUGUUUAUAUUAAAAAAUAUCCAGAUUCUAUGAUAUUAACUAAUUUAAAAGCUUGCAAUUUAUAUAAAUUAUACGAUGGUAAAGCUGCUGAAUCAGAAUUAAAAAAUAUUAUCGCAAGGAGAUCAUCAACAUUUAAGUUUUGCGAAGAUUUGAUUAAACACAACAUGGUUGUUUUUCGUGAAGGAGAAGGUGCUUUACAAGUGUUGCCAGCUCUUGUUGAUAUUCUUCCAGAAGCCCGUCUUAAUUUAGUAAUAUAUUAUUUAAGACAAGGAGAGAAUGAAGAAGCCUACGAGUUAAUCAAAGAUUUGGAACCAGCUAUCCCUCAAGAAUAUAUAUUAAAAGCUAUUGUUAACGUUGUUGUUGGUCAAGAAAAAGGAGAUACUAAGCAAAUCGAUAAUGGACAGAGUUUAUUUAAUAUGGUAGGAAGUAGUUCCAGCGAAUGUGACACAAUACCAGGUCGACAAUGCAUGGCUUCCUCUUUAUUUUUAGAAGGGCGUUAUGACGAAGUUAGCUUAUAUCUAAGUUCGAUAAAGAGCUACUUCUCAAACGAUGAUAGUUUUAAUUUUAAUUUUGGUCAGGUUAAAUUAUCACUAGGUGAGUACAAGGAAGCAGAAGAGAUGUAUUUACAAGUGAAAAGCAACAAAAUACGUGAUAGUUUUAUUUACAUAAAUCAUUUAAUACAUUGUUUUAUUAUGAAUAAAAAGCCGCAGUCAGCUUGGGACUUAUAUUUGAAAAUUGAAAAUUCUCAAGAUUCAUUGAUGAUAUUGCAGUCAAUCGCAAACGAUUGUUAUAAAACUAAUCAGUUCUGGCAGUCAGCAAAAGCAUUUGAUAUGCUCGAAAGAUUAGAUUUGUUGCCUGAAUAUUGGGAGGGAAAACGUGGUGCUUGUGCCGGCAUAUUUCAACAAAUAGUGCUUGGAAAUCAUCCACAAGAUCAGAUUGCUGAUGUCAUACAUMUAUUAAGAAAUUCAGCAAAUUCUCAAGUUGAACAAAUUAUUAAAAUGAUGAAGAAAUGGGCGAAAAAUAACAAAGUUGUUGUUUAGAUUUAUCUAUUAGYCAUAGGUUAGCGUUGCCUGAUGGCUAAAUAGCCAAUAGGUACCUAUACCAUUUUACUUUUUAA